UGCAAUUUAAAAUCUCCAUUGAAAAUACUUUUCGUGCACAAUUUUUUAUCCAGCUCUUAUAAGUGAUAAAUAGAUAAAAUAAUUUUACAUUUAGACAACCCCGGCCCAUAUAUUAAACCAACAGGCGCGUUUUACCGACAAAAAAAUUAAUACUAGAAUAAGGAACGUGUAUAUUCAGGUACUAUAUUGGGCCAUUGGCUAUAAAUGAGGAUGCACACUCUGAAGCACAAGAAAUUAAACAAGAAGCAGAUCGAGAUAGAUAAACAGAAUUAAUAGGAAGCUAAGUCAUGAGCAACAGUGGUGAUGAGUGCUCUCAAUUGUUUGAGACAACAAGGGGCAGAGGAAGGUUCAUCUAUAGGCCCUUUGCAAUCUCAUUAUUUGUGGCUAUAUGCUUCAUCUGGGCUUAUAGAUUCACCCACAUAACAACAACCACUGAAGAAGAUACAGCAAAAUGUUGGGCAUGGCUUGGUUUGCUUGGAGCAGAUCUAUGGUUUGGCUUCUACUGGAUCCUCACCCAAUCUCUCAGAUGGAACCUUGUCUUCAGGCAACCCUUCAAUGCAAGACUCUCUCAAAGGUACGAGGAUGUGUUGCCGGCGGUGGACAUUUUUGUGUGCACGGCGGACCCAGAGAUUGAGCCGCCGAUGAUGGUGAUUAACACGGUGCUGUCUAUGAUGGCAUAUGAUUAUCCAGCUGAGAAGAUGAGUGUUUAUCUUUCAGAUGAUGCAGGGUCAGAAAUCACAUUCUAUGCUCUGCUAGAGGCGGCUAGCUUUGCAAAACAUUGGGUUCCUUUCUGCAAGAGAUUCAAAGUGGAGCCCAGAUCACCUGCUGCAUAUUUUAAUAGCAUUAUCUCAACUACUGCUUUCCCAAGUGAUGAUCACACUGAACAAGCCAAAGAGUUGGCAGAUAUAAAGAAAUUGUACGAAGAAAUGGAAAAUCGAAUUGAAGAUGCAACCAAGUUGAAUGAAGUACCUAAAGAAGCAAGUUUAAAGCAUAGCGGAUUUUCUCAGUGGGAUUCAUAUUCUUCUCGACGUGAUCAUGAUACAAUUCUUCAAAUACUACUUCAUAAAAACGACCCUAGUAACUCUAAAGAUGUUGAUGGGUUCGUUUUGCCAUCUUUGGUGUAUUUGGCUCGUGAAAAGAGGCCCCAAUUUCCUCACAACUUCAAAGCUGGAGCUAUGAAUUCAUUGCUGAGGGUGUCCUCCAAUAUUAGCAAGGGGAAAAUCAUUCUAAAUGUAGACUGUGACAUGUACUCAAACAAUUCACAAUCUGUGAGAGAUGCUCUCUGCAUUUUCAUGGAUGAAGAGAAAGGCCAUGAAAUUGCUUUUGUGCAGUUUCCCCAGAAUUUUGAUAAUGUCACCAAGAACGAUUUAUAUGGGAGUGCUCUACUACCAAUUAGCGAGGUGGAGUUCCAUGGUGUAGACGGUUAUGGAGGCCCUUUGUACAUAGGAACUGGCUGCUUUCACAAGAGAGACAGUUUCUGUGGGAUGAAGUUCAGUGAUGAAUACAGGAAUGACUGGAAGAGUGAAGAAAACCAGUUCAUAGAAGCAACCUUGAAAGAACUAGAAGAAAGAUCAAAGCCUUUUGCAAGUUGCACCUAUGAGCAAAACACACCAUGGGGAAAAGAGAUGGGUUUAAAAUAUGGGUGUCCAGUGGAAGAUGUGAUAACAGGAUUGUCCAUACAGUGCCAAGGAUGGAAAUCAGUGUACUACAACCCACCAAGGAAGGCUUUCUUGGGUGUGGCUCCUACCUCCUUGCUUCAAGUGCUGGUUCAGCACAAGAGAUGGUCUGAAGGACAGUUGCAAAUUUUGUUUUCGAAGUAUAGUCCUGCUUGGUAUGCUUUUGGAAGGAUCAGUUUGGGCCUCCAAAUGGGGUAUUGUACUUAUAACUUAUGGGCACCUAACUGUUUAGCAACACUGUAUUAUUCCAUUGUCCCUUCACUCUACCUCCUUAAAGGCAUUCCCUUGUUUCCAAAGAUGUCAAGCCUAUGGUUCAUUCCUUUCGCAUAUGGAAUAGUAGGGGAAACUACUUAUAGUCUGUUGGAGUUUAUAUUCUCUGGAGGAACAUUUCAAGGUUGGUGGAAUGACCUGAGAAUAUGGCUAUACAAGAGAACAAGCUGUUACCUAUUUGCCUGCAUUGACACCAUCUUAAAGCUUUUGGGGUUCUCAGACUCAGCCUUCACAAUCACAGCUAAGGUUUCAGAAGAAGAUGUUUCCAAGCGCCAUGAGAAAGAAAUCAUGGAGUUUGGAACCUCUUCUUCAAUGUUCACUUUAUUAGCAACCCUUGCACUGCUAAAUUUGUUUUGCUUUCUUAGUGUUUUGAAGGAUUCAGUCCUCAGUGAAGGCUACCUUGACAAAAUGGUAUUGCAAAUUAUGUUGUGUGGUUUUCUUGUUCUCAUCAAUUUGCCUCUAUACCAAGGUCUUUUUUUGAGGAAGGACAAAGGUAGAUUACCAAAGACUCUUGCCAUCAAAUCAACAGCAUUGGCUCUAGCAGUAUUUGCCUACUUCAGAUCUGCAUGACUAAAAGAAGAACCUGUAGUUUAAUUUUCUCUUUUAAUUGGAUGGGUAAUAUAUCAGGGACGAAAACUGCAAUUAAGCCUUUAUAAAUAAAGCUGAAGUCACGAGUUCGGUUUCAAAAUUAGAAAA